UUUGCAGCUAGGAGGUCACGUGCCUAGCAACGCCGAAUUGGAGAGCAAGCUCUUCUGCGACGACAAAUCGAAUGAGUGUCUUGAGCAUCACGCGUAUGUAUAUCUGAAAGGCGGUUAUUUUGAAUUCAAGCGGUAAAUACCAUUCCAUCUCUCAAAAUCCAGUAAGUUUAGCAUAUAAAUAUAGCUUUUAGCACAUCUUCAAAUCGGAAAGGUUAAUAUUAACUGGGAUCGCGGCAAGAAUAUCAGCGUCAAGUCGACUACGAGUUACAAACAUGGCUUCUCCUCCAGAUAUCGAUAUGGACGAGUCAGUUGAACAAUCCAUUACGGGCAGAAAAAAUUCUGCAUACCAUUGCUGUGUUCCCCUAUGUAAUGGGGAUUCAAGGUACCACGAAGAUUUGCGUUUCCAUCGCAUUCCCGGUCGUACCAAGGAUGAAAAGUUGAAGAAGGAAUGGCUGGUGAAAAUCCGAAGAGACGAAGGUCCUGACUUCAAGAUAACAACUAGUACGAGAGUAUGCUCAAGGCACUUUACCAAGGAAGAUUACCUUCCCCCCACCAAGUCUGGUAGCCAGCGACUGAAAAGAGGUGCUGUUCCAUCGAAUUUUAACUGGAAUUCCUCCUUCAAAGCACGAAGAAAGAUUAUUCGACAUGUCGACAGAGAUACUCAAACAGAUGAUAGUGACACUGAUGGAGUGGAAAGUGAAGCAAUGCAAAGCAGGGAAAGUGUGGAAACAGAGGUGCAGUCUCUGAAGGCUCAGCUUCUGGCCAUGCAUGGAGAGCUUGAGGCGAGCAGAAAGGAAGCAGCUGCAGCUAAAGAAGAGCUAAGAAAUGUCAAGGCUAAAGCAACAUUAAGUAAAUUUGGUCUGGAGAGAUUUGGUCCAGACAACGAGAGUAUAAAAUUUUACACUGGCUUUCCCACAAAUGAACAUAUUAAGCUUUUUUUUAAUUUUAUUAAACCCAGUGCUGAACUAAUGACCUACUGUUAUGCCUCUGGAGAGAGAGAAAACAGACCAGCCUCCAGAAAUAUGCUUCUAAUAGAUGAAAUGUUUAUGUUUCUUGUUCGGCUUAAACUUGGA